CGUCAAAGCAAGCUAUCUUCGUGUAUUUAUACCAACAUCAAGAGAUACCAUGCGACACACUAAGCCCUACAGCGUUCACAGGAGCAGUACCAAGACCGGUACCAUUGGUUUAUUUCUGAAAAGCCUGAUCCUGCCCACAAUUACCUCUGACCUAUCCUUCCAUGUCUACCUCGCAAUCUGCCGACGCCCGGACAGCUCUAAUGACGUCCCUUCUUUUGCGAUACCCGCAGGCGGGUAAAGAGGGCAAUGCAUUCCACUCUGUUCUGAAGACUGCCCUCAACAAUACAUCACGCACAACCAACCAUCACAAAUUCACUCCGGCGACCAAUCAAUCUAAUUGCGCACCACGUAGCCUGGAUAGGACGCAGUACUUUACGACCCGGGGACGUACCAUAUAUGAUGCACAGGUCAUGCAGACGCCGACGCCACAAUCAUUAUUGGAGGGCACGCAGAACAAAAAGGAGAAUUCAUGUUUCUACGGCUUUCCUGCUCUUAGGGAGUUUGAUACUUCCAAAUUCGAUGGCAGUUCCUCGACGGGAGAUCUGGAUAUGAUGGACAUCGAUCAACCGUACGGUGAUCAAGAAAUCUUCGACGAAUUCUUGAAGGUUAUCCAAAACGGCCUCGAAGGCGAAUGUCUACGCGAGCAUGAAGUAGGGUUCCGAUACCAUACGCCGGUGAGCGAGGAUGAUAGUCGGAUGAGCACUCCCGCAUUAUCGCCUGCGAGGUCGAUGGACAGCUACUCGGAUAUCAUUGGAUAUACCUGUGACGUUGAAAUGAAUUCAGAUGAAUCGAUGGCACAAGAGAUGUUUAACAGGUUUAUUGAUGUCGACAAGUGCAUGGACACAAUCGUAUGAAUCCGCGUUCUUUUCCAGUAGGCCUGUUGGACACAGUCAGUUCCCUAGCAUGACAUUCUUUUACAUACAUCACACGAAUAGCUUACCAUCCUGUAAUAAUCACGAUUCGUACUUGUUCUUUGCUGUUCGGCCGGUAGUUGAGAGCGCGUUGUUGCUACGAGAAAGUCAACCAGAAGACUUGAUAUAUUGGUUAGUACACACUAGAGCUUGA